GCUGUGACUUCAUUCGGAACAAAACCAGAAACUAGACACGGUGGCCCUGAAGCAUCUCUUCCUAAAGGAGCAACAAACUGACUACUGUUUUGUGGAUGACAAGACAGCAGCAAAGGACUGUCAACAUGACUUUCAACAACAGCACCCAGGGCAAUGACUCUUUGAGCGAACAGUCAAGGAUCAUUUUCAACUGUAUGUAUGGCAUGUUUUUCAUUCUGGGACUCUUAUUCAACGGUUUCGCCUUAUGGGUCUUCGGCUACAAGAUGAAAACGCUGACUGAAACUAGAGUGUACAUGAUCAACCUGGCAGUGGCAGAUGUCUUUCUCCUCUUCACCUUUCCUCUGGUUGUGUCAAGAAUGAGGAUCCUCCACCCCUUAACAGAUGACUUAUUUUGCCAAGUAACUCAAAGCAUAUAUCUCAUAAACAAAUACAUGAGCAUGUGCCUCGUCACCCUGAUCUCUGUCGAUCGCUACAUAGGCAUCAGAUAUCCCCUGAAAGCAAGGAGUCUAAGGUCACCCCAAAAAGCAGCUGUAUCCUGUGCACUUCUUUGGACCAUGGUGAUCAUUAUUGUGUCAAUUCGGGUGAAUUUGCAAAUCUACGAGGGAGGAUUUUGUUUUCAAACCCAAAAAGAAGAUAACUCAAAGACGGUGUUUUUUUCCUUACUUAUGUUUUUCAUCCCAUUAGUCAUUUUGACUUUCUGUUCAAUAGAAACCAUCCGAAGCCUUAGGAUGAAGAAGAAAACAGAUACACAUGAAGAAAAAAUAAUCCAGAAAGCAAUUUAUAUAGUUUCUGCAAAUCUGAUUGUAUUUAUAAUCUGCUUUCUGCCACUACAUGUUGCACUGCUCAUUCAGUUUGUGUUAAACGAAAAAAGAAUGCCAAAUGUACUAAGAAUUAAAAAAUUUUUACCUCUUGCCUCAUGUAUAGCAAAUGCCAACUGCUGUUUGGAUGCUGUUUGUUACUAUUUUGUCGUCAAGGAAUUUCAAGAAAUGUCCGGCAUCUGGCCCCUGUUUAAAUUUUCAAAGACUAAGGCAAAUACAGACAAAGAUACACAAUAUACAACCAUCAGUCACUAAUGGAAAUAUAAUACCCCCUGCUAGGACAAGACCCUCAAGCUUUAUUUCACCAGUGAAGACGGACAUUUCAGUUCAAUGUGAACAUAAUGCCCAUUUUUUGCUUGUUGAUUCUUGUUUGUCAUACUAUGAUUCCUAGGUUUGUCAGUAAUAUUAACAGAGUUAAAAUGCAAAUUUUGGAAAUACUCCAGACUCUGAGAUAAAAUGGAAUAUAAAUGGUAAAAAUAAUGUUGAAAUAGGUUGUAAAGAGGUUGUAUGUAUAUAUAAAUAGGUUGUAACUCUAUUAUAAGUUAACUGGAAUGUAUAACACUUGCUUUCUAAGUUAUAUGGAAAGAAAAAAAACAGGAGAAACAGGAGAUUUGAUGUGCCAAAUUAAGGCACAUAGACAGUAAAACCUCAUUAAUAUGGACUUCACUAACUGGAAUUCAUGCUUCUUCCCUUUCUUUUUUCCAUCACUCCUAAAGUAAAGCACAUUUUGAGUCCAAGUAAUAAUAAUAAUUGUGAUAUUAAUUGUAUUUAACACUGUACUAAGAGCUGAGGUCUGUAUAACCCAUUCAUAAUCUUCUCAAUCCUUGUCCCUCAUCGAGCUCACAAUAUAUGGGGCAGAAAGUAUUUGAUCUCCACCAACCUCUACUGAAUAUACAGGUCCUAAGAGCUUCCCUGUGAAUUCUUUACAGAGACUGUCAAAGAAGCAGAUUAGUUGAAAAUAGCAAGGUAAGGUGAGCAAGCAAGCCACACACAGAUUGUUAAGCAAAUGCAUUGAAAAAUACCCACUUAAUUUAGAUUUUUUUUCACUGUUUAAAAUGGGUUCUCCCUCCCCUCCUUUGAAACUGUGGAUUUCUGUGUGUGUGUA